UGGGCUGUCUUCCAAGACAAGGCCAGUAGAGCUGAGCAUGGCUCUCUUCUUCUGCAGGGCAUUAACUUGAGUGGUGGUCAAAAGCAACGUGUCAGCCUGGCUAGAGCUGUAUACAACAAUGCAGACAUCUAUGUGUUGGAUGAUCCUCUCUCGGCUGUGGAUUCCCAUGUUGGCCGGCACAUUUUUGACAAAGUCCUGGGGCCUGAUGGGCUGCUGCGAGAUAAGACACGAAUCCUGGUGACUCACAGCCUAAGCUUCCUGGCCCAAGUGGAUGACAUUGUAAUGCUGGUGGAUGGAGCUGUCUCUGAAAAGGGUUCUUAUAGUACAUUGUUGGCUAAUGGCGGAGAGUUUGCUCAGCUGCUCAACACAUAUGGGAGACAGCAGGAAGACAAGCCUGAAGAGGAAGCCACAGGUUAGUGGCAUGACAUUGUACAGAUAUAGGAUGGGGGACAC